AGUCCUUUUGAAUUUUCACAAAUUUUUUUCAAUUUUUUCAAGUAUUAAUUAAAUUACUAAAGUGUGACGAUGACAGGUUUGAGCUGUGAAAUUAGUCUCGAGUCGUGUAAAUGCGGGAUGCUUUGAUUGUUCAAAUUACUAAACCUGUCGGUUCAACUUUAAAAUUGCUUGUGGCCCCAUCUGUUUUCUCAAUUUUUUUAAAUUUUUUUUUCUUCUGAUUUACAAGAAUCCAAAAAGAAUUUCAACCUUUUCUGCUAAAAUGGGCCAUGAAAACCCCUUUGUGCUGGCAAGCAUCAUUAUGACAACAUUGCUCCAGCUUGAAGAUUAUGUUGGGAGGAGGUGAUGGGGUGGCCCACACCCUUCACCUCAUGAUUACGCGUACACGUAGAAGGUUUAGUUUAGUAGAAAAAGAAGAGUAUUUAGCAUGGGUUCGGAUUUCGUUGAUGAGAUAGAUUGUAGCAGCUUCUUUGAUCAUAUGGAAGAUUUGAUUGAGUUUUCCCCAGAGAAUGUGUGUGGUGGCGUUGACGCUGUUGAUUGUAACGAUUUUCCAAGCAUUUGGAAUGAUCCCUUGCCUGAUUCUGACCCAUUUUUCUCCGGCAGUUACAGCAAUUCAGCUUCAGACUUCUCCGCGGAGCUCUCAGUUCCGCUCGAGGAUAUUGUUCAACUCGAGUGGCUUUCAACGUUCGUGGAGGAUUCCUUCUCUUGUGGGGGUUUGACACUCGGAAAAGAACAUUGUUCUGUCAAAAAGGAGUCCUCUGAUCGCAAAUUCCUGACCUCAAGUCCUGUUUCUGUACUUGAGAGCAGCAGCAGCAGCAGCAGCUCAUCCACGUCAAGCUCGGGACCGGGGAAAAUACUUCCUCCUCUUAGUCCAUGCCCCCGUGGUCCACAACGUGCUCGGACUAAACGUCCUCGUCCUACAACUUUUAAUCCCCGGCCAGUAAAUCACCUCAUGUUUCCAACAUCAGUAAGUCCCAAGCAAUUUGUUGCUCCUGGAGUUAACUCAUUGGACUCUGAGAAUUUCGCCGAGUCUCCCAUGAAGAAGAAAAAGAAAAUCAAGUUAUCGAUCCCUCUAGCUUCGAUCGAGACUAAUCAGGAUAACUACCAGCCCGCGCCACAAGCAGUUAGGAAAUGCUUGCAUUGUGAGAUAACAAAGACGCCUCAAUGGAGAGCCGGUCCAAUGGGGCCAAAAACCCUCUGCAACGCCUGUGGUGUUCGUUACAAGAAAGGCAGACUCUACCCUGAGUACCGUCCUGCUGCAAGUCCCACAUUCGUUCCAUCCUUGCACUCCAACUCUCACAAAAAGGUUCUGGAAAUGAGAAGCAACGUUUUCCCCGAAGAGGAAACACAUUACAAGCAGGCCAAACCUAGACGAGCCCGCCCCCUUAUCAUUGUCCAAGCUGAGAACAACACCACAGCUAGUACUACUCCAACCGCGCAAUCACAUCUCAACCCCGAGUAACAAAAUCAUCAUAGGAGCAGACAGAGCAGAAACCAGUUUUUCCUAGUCCUCAUUUUUUUUCAGGUCUUUAGUGUUAUUUGUUUACUGUUUUUUCAUUGCUUUGUUCAUUGGUUCUUUGUAUAAAGAUGUAGGAGGUUAUAGUAAAGAAGUAGAUGACAUAUAGUUUAGUUGGAAGCUAGAGUUGAGAGAUGAAAAUGGAGUCAGGCUAAGGCAGCUUUAGUGUUAUUUAAGACUAGGUUUGGAGUCUUUUACAAGUGUUAAGUGAUCUUUUUGUUAGACUUUGUGGCCUUCCUUUUUUUCUCAUCUUUUUGAUGAAAGAAUUCUUUUGCAGUUACUAUGAUUUGUUUUUAGAAUGUUGUAUUCUUGAAUGAGUAAUGGUUUCAAGUAAGUCUUCAAGUCA